AUACAUGGUAAUUACAAUUAUGUAAUAUGUGGAUCCUUUCAGUGCCACUUGUGUCUCGUGUACUUCCUUCUGAUGUUUGUAAAAUACAUAAAAGUGGAGCAUCUAUUAGAAUGGAUACCACUUUAGUAGAUUUUAAUGACAUGAGAUGGGAAAGAGGUGACAUAUCAUUCAUUUUUAACGGUGAUCAAAAGCCAAGCAAAUCAUUAGCAGUACUUGAUAACAAAGCAAAACGUUAUCAACAAGUGGUUUGUGAGGGAACAGAGGCAGAAAUACAAGACGAAGUUGAUAUUCUUAUGUCUAGCGAUAUCAUGGCGGCACAAAUGUCAACAAAAAGCAUUACACUUUCAAAAGCUCAGACAGGCUGGAUAUUUCGUGAAGACAAAAGGGAGAUGGUAGGACCUUUCCACGCGGAUUUUUACCAAAUCAAUGGAAUGGUUUUGGAAAGUAGAAAACGGCGAGAACAUUUAAGCGAAGAAGAUUUGCAAAAGAAUAAGGCUAUUAUGGAGUCAUUAACAAAAGGAAGUUCACAGGGAUUUGCUAAUGGAAAGCCUCAUGUUAGAAGAGCAUCGUUAAACCCACCACCGGAAUCAGAUAUUACUUGGGAAGAGUAUAUUAUGGCUCCACCUGGUCAAUGUCCGCUACUUGGGAGGAAUCUUGUCUACAAGGAAAGUAGUAAAUCUUUCAAAGCAACAGUUGCCAUGAGUCCAGAUUUUCCACUAACUGUCGAUAUGUUACUUAACGUUUUGGAAGCAAUAGCGCCGUUCAAACAUUUUAGUAAACUGCGAGAGUUUGUUCUUAUGAAAUUGCCGCCAGGGUUUCCCGUUAAGAUUGAUAUACCCAUUUUACCCACAGUGACAGCAAAAAUCACAUUUCAAGAGUUUGCCUUUUGCGAUAAUAUAGAUCCGAAAUUAUUUCAAAUACCGCCAGAUUACAUUGAGGAUCCUAUGAGAUUUCCAGGCUUAUGACAGCUUUAUAUGAUAAACAGAACUCAAGUCAAUUAUCACAUUGAAGAGAAAGACAUUUACAAAAAAUUGUUUGCAAAUAACCAUUUGGCUUUUGAAUUAUUUCAAAUAUAUGGCUGCCAGGAUGGUCUCCCUAAAAGUUACAAAGUACUUUUUUAAAAAAGAAUGCUUUGACUUGGAAGGUGAAAUAUAGCAUACAUUCUUGACGAUAAAUAUGCACAGCAACAGUUCAAGGGACGGCAUACAUUAUUUAUAAAAUUGUGUGCUAAAGAAGAAAGCAACUUAGACUUAUGCACGUUGAGAUAUACAUUCUACACUGCGGACUGGAUCAAGAAUACAUCUUACUUUACUUCAGUUUCAGUUAUGAAUUUCUUUUUGCAUUUAGUAACUGAUAUUAAAAAAGAAAGUAUUUUAGUUCUACCUACAAAUGUUUAUAAUAUUCAUUUAUUUUAUUUCUUUUGAUCAGUGUAUUUUUGAUUACUAGCAAGUUUCUUGUGGAAGCCAGUAUUAUAAAUAAAUUCUUUUUGGAUAUCAUG